AUGGCGCCGAAGCCGCUGGACUACGAGUUGCUGAAUGAGAAUGUGAAGAAAUUUGCAUAUGCUGUCAAAGGGGAGCUUUACCUGUGGGCUUCGGAGUUGCAGAAGGAGGGGAAGAAGAAGCCAUUAACAUUUCCCCGUCAGGUGGUAGAAUUGUGCCAAGCUCCAUUUCUAUUGGAUGACCCUAAUGUCGGGCUUUUAUUCCCAGCAGAUGUCAUUGCAAGAGCUAAACAUUAUCUUUCAUUGAAUUCGGAUGGUUUAGGUGCAUAUAGUGAUUCUCGAGGACUUCCUGGAAUUAGGAAAGAAUUUGCAGAGUUCAUUGAAAAAUCUAUGCAUGAGUUGGACUUUUUUAUUUCUUCUUCUAACUCUUGACAUUUUGUAUGGCCG